CCUUUUGUCUUUUAAAAAACCAAACCAUGUUUCUAAAUUGUUAAAAAAAAAAAGGCCCUCUCUUUCUUUCCAUUUCUCUUCCUUCCAUUUCUCUUCUUCUCUGCUUUCACGAAAGAUAAACAAUACAGAGACCAAAUCAAAGCAAGAACACUGUUCUGGAAACAAGGGCUUCUCUGUUGGUUUGUGAAGGCGGUGGAGUUGAGGGUGUGAGUCUGAAAUGGUUGGGAAAGAAAACCUCAAGACUGAGGACUUGAACUUGUGCUUUGAGAAGCUGAUGAUGAUUGGUGGUGGGAAAGUGAAAAUGGAAGGAAGGGUAAUGACAGAUUGGAAGGAUAUUCCGAUGGAGCUCCUGUUGCAGAUUCUGACACUUGUCGAUGAUCAGACGGUGAUCACAGCUUCUGGAGUCUGUCGCGGUUGGAGAGAUGCUAUUUGCUUGGGCCUCACUCGUCUCUCCCUCUCAUGUGCCACAGUUUCUUUUGGAGAGAUGGACUUCAGCAUGGAUUCCUUCAAUGGGUGUAACAAGAACAUGAACAACUUGGUCCUAUCUCUUGCUCCUAAGUUUACAAGGUUGCAAACUCUAAUACUACGUCAGGAUAAACCCCAACUUGAAGAUAAUGCUGUUCAGAGCAUUGCAAACUUCUGUUAUGAUCUUCAGGUCCUGGACCUUAGCAAAAGCUUCAAGCUCACUGACCGCUCCUUGUAUGCCUUAGCUCAUGGGUGUCCUAAUCUUACGAGACUCAACAUCAGCGGUUGUUCUGCAUUCAGUGACAUUGCUCUUGAAUAUCUGGCUGGAUUUUGCCCAAAAUUGAAAGUAUUAAAUCUUUGUGGAUGUGUUAGGGCUGCAUCAGAUAGGGCAUUGCAGGCUAUUGGCCGUUACUGCAGUGAGUUGCAGUGUCUGAAUCUCGGUUGGUGUGAGGAAGUCGGUGAUGUUGGAGUUAUGAGUUUGGCAUAUGGAUGCCCUGACCUCAGAACUGUUGACUUGUGCGGCUGUGUCCAAAUAACAGAUGACAGCGUGGUUGCUUUGGCAAACGGGUGUCCUCAUCUGAGAUCCCUUGGCCUUUACUACUGUCAAAACAUUACAGACAAGGCAAUGUAUUCUUUGGCCCAGAGUGUAGUGAAGAACAAGCCUGCAGCAAUGUGGGAAUCCAGGAAAAGCAGGAAUGAUGAGGAAGGGCUCAAGACACUCAACAUCAGCCAGUGCACGGCACUCACCCCUUCUGCCGUUCAAGCAGUGUGUGACUCCUUUCCAUCACUUCACACCUGCUCUGGAAGGCACUCCCUCAUCAUGAGUGGCUGUUUGAACUUGACAUCCGUGCAUUGUACAUGUGCUGUCCAGGCGCACCGCACCGCUGCCGCCUUUCCUCAUUCAGCUCAUUGAAUUGAGGAGUGAGGAUAGGAGCAAAACUCUCUCUUGAGUACUUGAGAGGCUGAAACUCUCAGCCACAGUACAUAUGUUGUUUAUGUUUGGGAUGUAAAAGAUUGGCUGCUAAUGGGCAGCAGCCAUUUGUUUGAACCAACGGACUUUGACUAAAACCUUAAAACUGGUUUUACAAGCUUUUAAUUAUGAAUUAUGCAGCAUGCUGCUGUAAAGACAAAUUUGGUUUCAA